CUUUUGAAGUCUUCUUAAUUUUAUUGUGGUUUAAAAUGGAUCAAAUAGAUUUGAGUUCAGAAUUUUUACAAUAUGAAAAAGAACAUUCCGGAAUCAAGAAAGAAAAUGAUUUCUUACAAUUUGAAAAUUUUAAUACACCGGUCGUUCAGCCUAGUUCAUCAUAUACAUUUUCAAAUACAGUUGCAGUUUCUGAAAGUUUAAAUCACCGCAUGCCUUUGGAUUUAAGUAAUUUGAGAGAUUUGGGUAAUUUAUGCAAAUUAGAACUAAUGAAGAAUGAAAUACCUUACUGGGUAAAAUACAAACUUCAAGAUGGAAAACAUAUUAAAAUAUGGCAAUGCAAAACAUGUUUAAAAGAAUUUGGUCAUCAGUAUACCCUAAUGCGCCAUUUACCAACUCACACAGAUGAAAGAAAAUUUCAAUGCAACACAUGUGGUAAAGCUUUUAGACAAAUGUCUACUCUCUCCCAGCAUAGAGCUAUACAUUCUCACGAAAGACCAUACAUUUGUGAAAUAUGUCAAAAAACGUUUAAUCGUGUUUCCACGUUAAUUUCCCAUCGCAAAACUCACACCGGCAUCAAACCUCAUCAGUGUCACUUAUGUAACAAAGCUUUCCAUCAAAAAGGAAAUCUUCGAAAUCAUAUUUUUACUCAUACAAAUGAACGACCAUACAAAUGUGAUGACUGUGGCAAAGGUUUUAAUCAAAUGUCUAAUUUAAUGUGCCACAAACUGAAGUCUCAUCAACGAGUGGAUAAACCUAAAUAUUCUUGUCAGAUUUGUGGAAGAACUUUCACGAAAAGGAUAGCAUUGAGAAACCAUGAACAAUAUGAGCAUAAGGAUAACAAUCAAACAACAGAUUCUACUUUUUUACUAGAUGAGCAAAACAGAAUUGCAAACGCUAUAUUUGUGGAGCCUAUAAAAACCAAAGCUAUGCAGUUGGCGAUUGAAACAAAUCAAAUACCGUUUGCGUUAUUGAGACCUUUGACAGGAAUUCCUGUGUUAGUUCGUGUUUUACCGGCGGGAAAUGACAAGCAAAUGCUGGUGCCUGCAAGUGCUGAGGAUUUGAAAAAACACGGUCAAAUUUCAGUUACGCCAAAAACGUCAAGUUCUAAAAUGUCAGCAGAUGCUCAAGAGAAGCAAAAUUUAGUAGGCAGUACCGUACAAAUUAAAAUUCCAGUUGUUGCUACUGUUAUUCAGCAAAGUGGAGAAGGCGGACAUAUGUCGAUGUCUGUAGUAAGCCCAGGUCCUAAUGAUGAAUCUUUUAAACAAUCAAGUUGUCAGUCGCUUAGCACAUACAUUUUGACAGCAACCAACGAUAAAAAGAAUGACGAAUCAAUGAUAAGGAAUGAAAACAAUAUUAGUUCUGCGCCGAGUGCUAAUGGGUCUACAACUGUAGAAAUAAUGACUCUGAUAAAUGAGUCCAGUAACAUAGAUAAAAUAAACAUGUCGGACGAUGUGUUUAUAAUUCAAUGAACACCAUGUUAUGGAUUUUCUGAUAAUAAUUCACUGCAU